AUGAUGGAGCAAACGAAGCGAGGCACGCCGAAGAUGAACAAUGACGGUUCAACGCUAACUGAAUGGCCACCGAUACCGCAGGAGCUGCGGCGGCAACCUUCAGCUCGGCCGUUCAACGGACAGAAGCAGAAUAGCACGAAUAAAUACGUUGAACCUACUAUUUCGGAAGAUAGAACACGGGGCAGCGAAUUCGACAAAAGUGGCGAAAUCUGGGCUGUCGUGAGAUCAUCCACGCCACCGAAAGACAACUCCGACGAUCCAUCAUUCGAUCUUAUUGAUCUUUCACUCGCCCCAGUGGCAAACCGAGACCGGCCACCGACACCCUCGAUUCAGCGCAACAAACAAGAAAUGCCCAUGCAUCAACGAACAUAUAAAUACCAAGUUCCCGAAACCAAUUCCCCGGUGCGAAAUAGGCCCGCGGGAUUAGACAUGCGACCUAUGGAAGCUUCGGCAGAACCCAGCGGACCGAGAGCAUACUCUGAUACUCACCAAUCUUUUCCAGGCCGCGUUCUCAAUCUGCAGAAUGCUGAAUAUGGAGAAUUCUCUGGGCAUCUCACUGUAUCUCUAUCUCAGAUUGCAGAUCAUUUAGGGAUCCCCGAGGACUCGGCUUCCAGCCUAGACGCCAUGCAGUCCUAUAUUUCGGUCUUGAAGAGCCAUGCCAACAUGCCCCCCGAACGGCCGAAAGAAUCACGACCUCUGACAAUCCACCGCGUGUUUGAAGACUCAAGGGAGUCUCAUCGAACUUACCUCGAUCCUCCACAGUGGAUCGAGGGCGUCUUGAUGGGGGCUUCUCCGAUAUCAAACGUUCAAGCAUACCUGGCAAAACACCCAGAAGUGUGCUUCAUCAUAUGUCGUUACUAUGCGGGCACUUCUCAGCUCACAAAUAACAAAGAUACGGAUGCCCAUGGCAACCUCAUGGUGCAGCAUAUUUCGGAAUCGAUUGUCCCUGUCGAAGGUCAUCUGGUAUCAGCCACGAGAAAAUUCGCUAUCUUUUCCGCCAGCACCGACUCAUCCGCUACUUUCACUGGUGAUGGGUGUGAUAAUGAUGAUGAGUGGGACAAUGGCAGUUCGGCUUGGGAGUUCUCAAAUGGCUGGCUUGAGAAUGACACGAUCGCACUCUCUUACCCCUACUUGUCAUUCUACCAUGCCCGGGGCGGUUCCAUGGAUGCCUUCGCGAAGAAGCUUUCCGUCAACGAGCUGAGGCAGUUCCAACGGGUGACUGACUAUAUCCUCGGAGAACACGAGGCCGAGUACUCAACUGUUGAUGCUCUAGUAGCGAGGUCCAAAAUAAGGAAAGAGUUUCUGCAUUACCUAUUCCGGCCUGGGAUUGUUGUGGUAGAAGGUCGAGGCGCAGAAGCCCGAGGGUAUACCUCCACUUCCUGGCUUGAACAUUCGAGCGAGCCCGAAACGCCGGCCAAAGCUCUGUCAGAAACCCAUCCCGAUGGAAGUCUUGAGAUUGAUGCUUGGCACUGGGACUUUGACGGUCACUUCUCAAAAACGAAGACUAAGCUCAAAAUCGAAAUCAAGAACACACAUGACCAACAGGAAAAGAACAUAAACGGCCUGAGCCUUCGCCCCUUGAAGUAUGUGGACCGUGAGACGCGGAAGAGGCUACGGAUCAGGGGAGAGUGGGUUUGGAAGUGUCGCCAGCAGCGAAUCAUCGCCUACCGAGAUGCCAGCGAGAAAAGCCAUCAUACUGUUGAUGAACGACACAUGAUUGAUAUGAAAACAUAUCAAGAGCUUCACAGUAACCAUUCCGGCCUCCGAGUCUCAAGCUUGAUCGGACCUGAACAGUUGAAAUCAGAAGACCCGCCGGACGAAACUUUCGUCUACUUGGUCCCUUUGUCAAUGACAGGUUUCAAUCUCAAGACGAAAAAAUGGACCGAUCUCUCCAUCGAUCGGUUUUCGGAGGUCCAGUGGAAUACCGGCGCAUUCGAGAGUCUUGUCAUCAGCGGAAAGAUGAAACGCCUAAUCCAAGCCCUCAUAACGAACCAAAUCGAGGCGGAACAUUCAACCGAUAUCAUCAGUGGCAAAGGCAACGGGAUCAUUAUGCUUCUUCACGGCGGCCCAGGGACGGGUAAGACCCUAACAGCAGAGAGCGUAGCCGAGAUUGCAAGAAAGCCACUGUACCCUGUCACUUGCGGUGAUAUAGGUACAGAGCCGCGCGAGGUGGAGAAGUAUCUCGAAUCGGUUCUCCACCUAGGUAAGACCUGGGGGUGUGUGGUUUUACUAGACGAGGCCGACGUCUUUCUCGAACAGCGCAGCCUUGAGGAUCUCAAGCGGAACGCUCUGGUUUCCGUUUUUCUCCGGGUCCUUGAAUACUACGACGGCAUCCUGAUACUUACAAGCAACCGAGUCGGGACGUUUGAUGAAGCUUUCAAGUCGCGAAUUCAACUCGCGAUUCACUAUACUAAUCUGACAACGCACCAACGGACGAUGAUUUGGGGCAACUUUUUCCGACGCCUGAAGGACAUGAGUGACGAGGACAUUGACUUUGUGGAUCUCGAGGACCACGUGGAGGAUUUGGCCCGACACAAGAUGAACGGGCGUGAGAUUCGCAAUGUGAUCACGACGGCACGGCAGGUUGUCAGGUGGGAAAGAAAGCAGCAGAAGGAGCCGUCUUUCUCGCUGACCUACAAAGUGAUGGACGAGGUUAUCGAGACGUCUCGCAAAUUCGACAGCUACAUCGAGAAGCUGAAUAUGGGAAUGAGCCAUGACGAGCUGGCUGAAAACGAGGGACUGCGGUUGGCAAAAGAGGCAUGA